AGAGCCCAGAUGGAUGAUUUGAGAAGCAUGAUAGUGCAGGGUAUAAGAGAAUCUGUCCCUAGGGGACAGAAUAUAGAUAAGGCAUUUAAGGAAUAUCAGAAGAAGGAUGAGUCACCCACUGAUUGGUUAGAAAGACUGAGAAAGAGUUUCCAGUUGUAUUCAGGAAUGGAUCCUGAAGAUGAUGCUAUGGGACAGGCUGUGUUGAAACUUAGGUUUGUACAAGGGUCAUGGGAAGAUAUUAGGAAGAAGUUAGAAAAGAAUAGAGAUUGGCAAACGAAAGGGUUGGAUUUGUUGUUAAGAGAGGCCCAGGAAGUGUAUGUUAGAAGAGAUGAGGUGAGAGAGGAAGAAAAGCAGAGGAGGAGAGAGGACAUACAAAGGAAGCAAACGAGGGUUUUAGUGGCUGCUAUCAGGGGAGAACAGAAUAAUAAUAAGGAACAGAAGAGGAAAGAAUCUUUUAGACUUAAUGAGCAAGAACAGCCAAGGAGGAACAGAAAGACAAAUUUUAAUGAAAUUGAGUGUCAUUACUGUGGCCAGAGAGGACACAUUAAAAGAAACUGCAAAAAGAGGCUACAGGAUGAGCAGGUCUUUCAAGAAGACUAGCGGGGUCAGGGGCUCUAUUUGCUGGGGACCCGGAAAAGUUCAGAGCCCUUGACAAAAUUAAAAGUGGGUCCUCAGCAACAAGUUAUAGAGUUCCUUGUGGACUCCGGAGCAGAAAGAUCUACAGUACAACAACUACCUCAGGGAUGCAUACUGUCAUCCGAUAAGGCACAAGUCAUUGGAGCAAAAGGGGAGCCUUUUAAAGUGCCCAUAAUUAAGAAUGUUGAAAUAGAGGCUUCCAAUAAAUUUGCUCUGGGAACCUUCUUGUUAGUCCCAGAAGCAGAAUAUAAUCUAUUAGGAAGAGAUUUAAUGGUUGCAUUGGGAAUUAAUUUAGAAGUAUCGGAACAGCAACUAAAGGUGAAAAUUUAUGCCCUUACGGCAGAAGAUGAAAAUAAAAUGAAUCCAGAGGUUUGGUAUACCCCUGACACUGUGGGGAAACUGGACAUUGAUCCCUUCGAAAUUUCCAUAACAGAUCCUAAUAAACCGAUUAGAAUAAAGCAAUACCCAAUCCCUAAUGAAGGGAAAAUAGGCCUUAAGCCUACCAUAGAAAGACUAUUGGCAAAAGGGUUACUAGAACCUUGUAUGUCUCCCCAUAAUACCCCUAUUCUGCCGGUUAAAAAGCCAGAUGGGACCUAUCGGUUAGUACAGGACUUAAGAGAAGUAAACAAAAGAACAGUGACAAGAUUUCCAGUGGUUGCCAAUCCGUACACUUUAUUAAGUCAGGUUUCUCCAGAACAUCAGUGGUAUAGUGUGAUAGAUUUAAAGGAUGGCUUUUGGACUUGUCCUCUUAAAGAGGAGAGCAGAAACUACUUUGCAUUCGAAUGGGAAGACCCUGAUACCCAUAGAAAACAACAGCUGAGAUGGACUGCUUUACCUCAAGGGUUUACUGAGUCACCUAACUUAUUUGGACAGGCUCUGGAACAGUUGUUAGAGUCCUUUAAGACUCGUGAUGGAACAGUAUUGGUGCGAUAUGUUGAUGACUUGUUGAUUGCUGGGAAAGAUGCUGAGUCUGUUAGGGAGGAGAGUAUUAGACUCCUGAACUUUUUAGGAAGCAAAGGCUUAAAGGUAUCCAAGUCCAAGUUACAGUUCACAGAAGAAAAAGUGAGAGAUCUAGGACACUGGCUGAGUAAAGGAUGUAAGAGAUUAGAUCCUGAAAGAGUCAAGGGGAUAUUGUCUAUGCCCACCCCUCAAAGCAAAAGGCAGAUUAGACAAAUUUGGGGUCUUUUGGGGUACUGUAGGCAAUGGAUAGAGAACUACAGUUAUAAAGUGAAGUUUCUGUAUGAGAAAUUAACUAAAGAAAAAUUAGUAAAGUGGAGUGAUGAGGAUGAAAGUAAGUUAGAGGCAUUGAAAGAAGACCUGAUGAACUCUCCAGUACUUAGUCUACCAGACAUCAGGAAACCUUUUUAUCUGUUCGUGAAUGUUGAAAAUGGAACAGCUUAUGGGGUGUUGACUCAGAAAUGGGCUGAACACAAGAAACCUGUGGGCUAUUAUUCAAAAAUCCUAGAUCCUGUAAGCAGAGGUUGGCCCACCUGUCUACAGGCAGUAGUGGCUACUGCCCUAUUGGUGGAGGAGGCUAUGAAGGUCACUUUUGGGGGAAAUUUAAAGGUAUAUACUCCCCAUGAUAUCAAAGGAGUGUUGAGACUAAGAGCAGAAAAGUGGCUGACAGAUAGCCGAUUAUUAAAGUACGAGAGUAUUUUGUUAAACACCUCUAAGCUGGAGUUGGAAGUAACUCACUUACAGAAUCCAGCUCAGUUUUUGUACGGUGAACCCCAGGGAAAUGUGGUACAUGAUUGUUCACAGGUUAUAAGCUUACAGACCAAGAUUAGGGAGGAUCUUGAAGAGGAGGAAUUAGACACAGGUGAAAAACUUUAUAUCGAUGGUUCAUCUAGAGUUGUGAAUGGAAAGAGGAGAUCAGGUUAUGCUGUAAUAGAUGGAGUUACUUUUCAAGUUAGAGAAUCUGGAUCUCUGCAGAAUAACUGGUCAGCUCAAAUGUGUGAGCUAUAUGCCCUGUUAAGGUCUCUGCAGCUGUUGGAAGGAAAGGUUGGGACUAUAUUCACAGACUCUAAAUAUGCCUUUGGAGUGGUUCACACUUUUGGGAAAAUAUGGGAAGAACGAGGGUUAACCAAUGCUAAGGGCAAAGGAUUAGUUCAUGAGAGCCUGAUUCGAGAGGUGUUAAAAGCUUUGAGAGGCCCAAAGCAGAUUGCAGUAGUGCAUGUACGAGGUCAUCAGAGAGGACUAAAAAUCACUGCCAGGGGAAACAACUUAGCUGAUGCUGAAGCAAAAAGAGCAGCCUUGCUGGUAGUACAAGAACAGGAAGUGGAGAGUGAGUGUAUCCCUAAGUCUUUUAGUAAGCAAGAGAAAGAAAAAUUGUUACAAGCAGGCGCAAGAGAAGAGCAAGGGAAGUGGUUACUAGCAGAUGGAAGAGAAGUGAUUCCCAAGGGUCUUGCUCGCAGAAUUAUGAAUAAGUUACACGAGCAAACACACUGGAGUACCCAGGCCUUGGUAGAUCAUUUUGAAAAUAGAUAUGUAUGUGUUGGAGCGUAUGAUAUAGCCAAAAAGGUCCUAGAAGGAUGUCUAACGUGUAGGAAGGUGAAUAGAGGAUACUUGAGAGAAAAGGUUAAUGGAGGAAGGGAACUAGCCAAGAGACCCUUUGAAAGAAUUCAGGUGGACUUUACAGAGCUACCUAAGGUGGGGAGGUAUCAGUAUUUGUUAGUAUUAGUAGAUCAUCUAACACACUUCGUGGAGGCUUUCCCUACUGCUCGAUGUACAGCUAAAGUGGUAUCUAAGAUCUUGCUAGAAGAAAUUGUUCCAAGAUAUGGUGUGGUUAAUACAAUAGACUCAGACCGUGGGACUCACUUCACUUCUAGAGUAAUUAAAGAAGUAAUGGAGUCGCUAGGAACCAGGUGGGAAUAUCACGCUCCUUGGCAUCCACAAAGUUCGGGAAGGGUAGAAAGAAUGAAUGGAGAAAUUAAGAAACAUUUAACCAAAUUGACGUUAGAAACAAAAAUGACUUGGGUAAAGUGCCUUCCCCUAGCGUUAUUAUAUGUCAGAACUCAACCUCGUACAGACACAGGGAUUUCACCCUUUGAAAUGUUGUACGGCAUGCCUUAUGAAUUUGGAACUCCAAGGGAUCAUCCGAAAGUUGAGGAUGCCCUAUUAAGAGAAUAUAUUAUUGAAUUAAUGAGAAGAAAACAGGAACUGAGGAAAAAGGGAUUAGUAACUCAGAGACCCCCUCUGGACAUGGCCAUACAUAAAUUUCAGCCAGGUGAUAAGGUAUUAAUCAAAACCUGGAAAGAAACAUCUUUAACUCCAAAAUGGGAGGGGCCCUUUGUUGUUCUUCUCACCACAGAUACAGCAGUAAGGACAGCUGAGCGAGGGUGGACCCAUGCAUCACGAGUAAAAGGACCAGUGAAGGAUUCAGAGUGGAAAAUAACCUCGAGUCCAGGAGACUUACAAAUGAGGAUCAGACGAGUACAGCCAACAGAUGAACCCUGAUGGAGAGGUCGCAAGGUCCAGCCUGUAUUCUUUCUUUCAGAUACCCCAAGAACAAACUUUAAGGAGAGUGCACUUUGUUUCGUGGAACUUAGAAGGAAUACCUGAACAGACUGGAGGAUCAGGACUAUAUAGAAUAACAGGAACCCAGACUGUAUUGCCUUUUUGUUGUGAAGUAGAGACUGACGUACCAGAGGGACGAAACCCACAUGGGAUA